GUAUAGGUUUUUUCCCAUCACAACAGUGAAGAAGAAGAAGAUGUAUAGGUUAUAAGGAAGUCAUAACUAAUCUUACCAUUACGGUAAAGUAAUUAUUAAUGAAUCAAUUCAUAGAAACUACUAAUAAUACAAAUCCACAAAGAAAAAUAUCUUCAAUAGGUAAAGCGCUCGUCGGAAUUACAGGAGGUAUCGCUAUUGGUUUAACUAUAAUAUGUGCCCCAUUUAUUAGCCCCGCACUAAGAAAGUAUUGUCUACCUUAUAUACCCGCCACAAAUGAACAAAUUGCCAAUAUUUUAUCUGCUUUGAAAGGAAGGAGUGGAACACUUUUAGAUUUAGGAUCAGGUGAUGGACGAAUAGUUUUAGAAACUGCUAAACAUAAUUUCAUAUCACAUGGGGUGGAACUUAAUCCAUGGUUAUUAUUAUUUUCUAAAAUCAAUGCAAUUCGGGAAGGCAAAUCUAAUGAGGUUAAAUUUUAUAGAAAAGAUUUGUGGAAAUACGAUCUCUCACUUUAUGAUAAUGUAGUAAUUUUUGGAGUGGAACAUAUGAUGAAUGAUUUAGAGAAGAAAUUUCUUCGAGAAUGUAAAUUAGAUUGUAAUAUAGUAGCAUGCAGGUUUCCUUUACCUAAUGUCAAACCCAUAAAGACUGUUGGACAUGGGAUAGACACUGUGUGGGUUUAUAAUUUGACAAAAUUGAAUUUAAAUGUUGAUCGACUGUCUCAUUGAAAACAAUAAAGUAUUAUUGAACCCUCCAUGAGUUUAUAAUUGAAGUAUUGUGUUUUUUCAAUAAAUGUUCUUAAAAUUUUGUGCAUGUUCAAAAAAAAAUGGAAAAUGUACAAUACAGUUUGUAAAUUUUGAUUUAUAGGAGUUUAUUAAUAUUUUUUUUUGGAAAAGUUGAGUAUUAUAAAAUUAUCUAAA